CUGACUGUUCUCGUUAUUGGGGAUUAAUAUACAGACGCAACGGCACCAUCCUGCUCAUUCAAACCCGAAAGAUGAUUGCCCUCCUCCUAUAUCUCUCAACAAGAAAAAGGAGACAGAUAUAUCAGCUUGUAGAGCACCCAAGGUACACAAGCAACUUGCUAGUGAUAAAGGUUCGGGCGACAGCACUCCGCAACGACGACGAACCAGGGAUCUGUUGUAUGUGAGUCUUGGGGACAGCCCCAAGGACAAGGUGGCUACCGAAUCAAAAUCUAGCCCAAAGGCCCGGCGGCCGGCCUGUCUAGCGCCAACUCACAAAGGAACUGGAUGCAUUACGUUUGAUGCAAGUUCUCCAGACGUUAACCGACACCUGGCUACCAUUGCUAAAAGCAUUUGGAACGCCAGAAACAUGUUGGUUGGAAUCGGAGCUGGAGUGUCAACCUCUGCCGGCAUAUCGGACUAUCGCUCGUCGAAUGGGCUGUUUGCGGGCGUCACUGGACGGGCUGUCAAGCAAGGUUUUGAUGCCCACUCUUUCAGAGAUAGUCCCGAGCAAAACGCUCGAGCAUUUUAUCAGAUUGCACAUCACCAUGCACGGGCAUGUCUGGCACCGUCAUGCAGACCCACACCCUUUCAUCAGGUUCUGGGGAAAUGGUGUCAUGCAGGGCAUAUCCGUAGAGUUUACUCACAAAAUAUUGAUGUUCUCGAUGAAGCCGUGGAAGGCAUCAACAAAAAGCUGGUGAAAAUGCAUGGUGAUUUGCAUCGCCUUCGAUGUCCACUUUGUGAAACACAGUACGCACUGCCAACGCCGUUUGACGAGUUUUGGAGCCAAGAUUUUGAUUUCGAUGCUCUGCCUACCUGUCCUAAAUGUGGACAAUGUGAGAAAAAUCGGAAGAAGGCGGGUAAGCGGACGUCCGGACGGGUGCCUGCCGUUUUACCCGCGGUCGUAAGAUAUGGGGAAGCUGUCUGGAACGGCGCGGAGAUUGCAACCAAUAUGCAGGGUGACCUUUUACACAUUGAUGGUCUCCUGAUUGCAGGGACACGCAUGGCCAUACCGGGUUUCAGGGAUUUUGCCAAAGCCGCUUCGGCUGUUCUCCGGAGAGAACGAGCACGAUCCACCCACUUGGAUGGCCUGGGCGCGUUUCUCGCCAUCUAUGUCAACCGGGAGCCCUGUCAGACCAAUAUGGAAAAGUAUUUUGAUUUCCAAUUUGUGGGGGACGCUGAUGAAUUUGCGCUUCGAGUUCAAGAUUUCCUCCUAACGUUCCAAUGCGAGGACUGGGCAAGUGAAAUGGAAAGACGUGCAUUGGAUGAUAACAUCAAAGACUUUGAACAGUGGGGAUGGAAAUGGGUUGUACGCAAUGGAGUCGUGAAACGAGAGUGGAGGCUGAGGAAAAUACGAAAAAAGGAAAUCUUCCAGUGAGAGACGCUGAACGGACCGGGAACUCCUGUGAUUGUGGUCAUUCAUCGUAUUGUCCCAUUGGUGCAACGAAGAGAAGCCCGUUACAAAUUUGUUUUUUUGGGAGGCCUUUGUUCAUUAAAGACUGGCUGAUUUCCGGCGAUUUUGUUGUAGACUUUUGAAUCACAAGGAGUUUCCAAUCCGCAUUCAGGGCAGAUCGUGGAAACGUCCUGCGAUACGCGGCCCCAAAAACAAAAAGAAGAACCACUCGAAUUUCACAUCCAGCCAGUUAAACCUUGCCCCAUUUUUGGCGUAUUGAAAAAACGUUUUGCUUCGCGCGCCCUAUUUCCCCAUUUUCUUUUCUUCCCCUAGGGCGUUCUUCACCAUUGAUGGGCAACGGUGUGGGAGCGAUGGUUAAGGGGUCCCUAGGUCGCCUGGUCAUACGAGGAGCCUCCCCAAUUACUUUUUUGGCUAUUGCAGAUAUGAUACGGAUGAAUGACGAGAAGGGGGGGGGGGCAUUACAUAUGACCGGGUCAUUGACAUGGCAUGAUCUAUCAAGUGCGUAUGUGUGUUGCAUUUCCCUGAUGUGUGUGAUUCGUGUAUUUCGACGUGAUUCGUGUAUUUCGACGAACUUGCUUCAUCUUGGUCUUGCUGGUUUCGUGUGGAUGUUCUUUCUUUCGUUGAACAAUACUAACUGGACACGGGGAAAAAUACGAAAAAAAACUCUUUUGUGUGAUUGCCACUAGGCCCAUCUUGCUCUCCUUGUCCUUUGUUAUCGACUAUUUUGGCUAUUUUCCUGCCAUUUGCAUAUGAUUUGCUUUCUUCCCUUUUUCCCCUUAUAAAAGUU